AUGGGCGCAGUGGAGAGCCGACCGGACGACGUGAAGCUCUCGGAGACGGACGAGCUCAGCGAUGGGGUCUUGCUGUCGCAGCUGCUGCAGCUCUUGGCCCGGCGCCCGAAGAAGAGCAUCCCUCUUGCCGAUCUUUGGGCGUUGCUGCCGAACAACGUGAGGAAGCGUGCGGAGGACCACGGCGGCUUUAAGGGCUGGCUCCAGAUGUAUCCCAGUCUCUUCCAAGUGACCGGAGAUCCGGGGAGGGAGACCCUCGUCCUGGCCAUCCAUUCGAGCUCUGAGCGGUUGCCGACCAGACACGUGGACUCCCCCAGCUCGGAGCCGCAGCAGGAGCCGGACCCCGGCGCGACGCCUGAGCCUGAUCGCCAGGCCGCUCAGCGGCGCUCUGGGGUGCAGAAGGCGCGGCGGAUCACCGGGCGCAUCACCGCGGCGCGCUCGCCCAGGGAGGUGCUGCAAGUGGUGCAAAGCGAGCGGCGCAGCCCGUUCCUGGAUGUCAUCGCACUUUCGGCCGCCUGGGUGAAACUCGCGAAGCUCUCGCGGCGCAAGGAGAAUCGGAGGGAGGAUGCGAAGGACGCGCUGGCGCCGCUGGCGGCGCUGACGCGCCGGGCGGUGGCCGCUUUGGACAAUGGCGAGAUACACCGGCAGGUGGGAAACAUGUUCUGGGCCUGCGCCAAGCUCUCGGCUUCGGGCGCCUUCGCCUCGGAUGCGCCCCGCGCCUUGGCGCGGCGCCUGGCGGCCGCGGCGGAGAUGCCGGGCACGGCGGGGCGGAUGAACGCCCAGGGCGUGGCCAACAUGUUUUGGGGCAUCGCCACCCUCGCCGGCGGCGGCUCCGGCGGCUCCGGCGAGGCCGGCGAGGCGGCGCUGCCUGGGCUGUGCCGCCGGGCGCGGGUGGUGAUGCGCCAAAUGAAGCCGCAGGAAGUGGCCAACAUCGCGUGGGCGUGUGCUCGGCUCGAGUCUUCAGAGCUAUCGACGGCCUUGCUGCCCGUGUUGGCCGAGCGGAUCAAGGAGGUGGCUGGUGAGAUGAACGCUCAGAACGUGGCCAACGUCAUCUGGGCCACGGCCAGGCUGGCCUCGGAGUCUCUGGUGGCGGCGCUGCCAGCGCUCGCAGGUCGGUCGCCGGAGGUGAUGUCCAGCUUCAAAGCGCAGGAGUUGGCGAAUGUGAUUUGGGCCAUUGCUAAGCUGUCAGAGUCAGAGUCGUGCGGAUCUUUGACGCAGCUAUUGCCGGCUCUGGCUGGUAGGGUCACAGAAGCGACAUCUCAGAUGAAGGCGCAGGAGGCCGCGAAUGUGAUCUGGGCCACAGCCACGCUGGCGGAUGGCGAGAAGUCCUUGCUGCAGGCCCUGCCUUCAUUGACCCACCGCGUCGAAGCAGUGAUGCUUCAAUUGAAGGCCCAGGAGGUGUCCAACGUCAUUUGGGCCGCAGCCAAGCUGUCGGAUUUGGGCGACGGAUCUCUGCUGCGAUUGCUGCCAUCGCUGGCUGACAGGGCGGAGGAGCUUUUGCCCCAGAUGACUGCGCAGGGCCUUGCAAACAUCAUCUGCGCCGCAGCGACGCUCGCGGAGUCUGAAGCGGUCGCCUUGCUAAAUCUGCCACCGGUACUGAGCCAGGCAAAAGACAUGGUCUUUCAGAUGAACGCGCAGGAGGUGGCCAACAUCGUUUGGGCGGUGGCGCGGCUGUCGGAGUCCGCAGACUCCGAGUGCGGCCACAAGGCGUUGAAGCUGCUGCCCAGCCUGGCGGAGAGGAUCAAGGAGGUGACCGGGGAGAUGAACGCUCAGAACGUGGCCAACGUCAUUUGGGCCGCUGCCAGGCUUUGGGACUCGUCCCUCCUGGCCUUGCUGCCCACCCUGCUGGACAGGAGCAAGGAGGUGAAGGGCCAGAUGACCACCCAAAGCAUCUCCAACAUCACUUGGGCUGUGGCGCGGCUCACAGCCAGGAACGGCCAGCUUGGGAUGUACGUGCCCGUGUUCGCCACCGUGGCCGAGAAGGUGAAGCGGGUUAUGGCCACCGUCCCGAUGGGUCCCGUGUACCAAGAGCAGUGGCAGGAGGACUCCUGGUGGAUCGACCCAGAGGGUGGAGGCGACUUUGGCAUGGCGGAGCGCGCGGACCCGCCGGCCGCGAUUGGUCCGCCCACUGGGGGCGUCGUGCCCUUUGACGAGGAGGCCAACGGUCACUUGGCGAUCCAGCUGCGGGGCCUGCCAUACAAGGCCACGGUGGAGGAGAUCCGUCAAUUCCUGGGGUCCCAUGUGGAGACCUUGCACGCGGAGAAUCCUGUCCAUCUCGUGUUGAACCGGGACGGCCGUCCCUCGGGCUUCGCCCGGGUGGUGUUUCAGUCCACGGAGGCGGCGCGUGCAGCGCGGGACGAUUUGCACCUGCGGCGGAUGGAGGAGAGGUACGUGGAGGUCUUUCUGUACAUGGAGCGGCCCGCCAAGGGCAAGAACCGGCGCCUGGAGGAGGGCGGCGUGGAGCGGGGCGUGGUGUCGGCGGAGGCAGCCGGUGUCACGGCGGAGGCAGUGGUGAACGAAUGCCGCGCGGAGAUGAGGAAGCCAGGCAAGCAGCGUAUGCUGUUGAGCAUGCUCGGGGUGGGCCUCUCUGCAGGGGCGCGUGCCUACCUCAAACAGGUGGACCAAGGCUUGAAGCACUUCCUGGUGCAGUUCCCGGAAUUCGCCAUCGACGGCUCCAAGGGCUGCGAGUAUGUGGUCUUCAACGAGGUUGAGCCAAGGAGUGAAGAGAAGCUGUUCAGCCCAAGUGGCCACGUGGAGAAGACGCCCAGCUACUGGGGCACCCCGGCGCCGGGGGCGGAACGACUGGGACACGAGCCUUGGCAUCCGAUGCUUGCGGCGCCCUUUCCCGGUACACAGACUGGGCCUGGGCAGACCGGGCAGACCGGGCCGGCGCAGGACGAGGCUUGGGCCUAUUCCCAGCAAGGGCAGAUGACUUGGCAAGGUUGGCCGGCCUACAACUGGCCCAACGAGGAGAACUCCAGCGGCCUCAACGAGAUGGGCCUCAACUCCCAAGCCAUCGCGGCGGCCGUCUUCUACGGCGCGUCCGCUGCCAUGGCCGCGGCGAGUGCUUCCCAGGCGCAGGCCCAGACAGGGUACAUGCCGCAGAACUACACGACGCCCACGGGAGGUGGAGCAGGAGGAGGAGGCGAGGGAACCUCCGCUGCGAUCCGGCUCCGGGGCUUGCCCUUCUCCUCCACUGAGCAGGACGUCUUGGCCUUCUUCGCUCAGCACGACGUGGUGGACCGAAUCUCUGAGGGCCCAAAGGCGGUGAGUCUGAUCCUGCGGGCCAGCGGCAAAUCCUCAGGCCAGGCCCUUGUGCAGAUGCGGGACCGCGCGGAUGCGGAGCUGGCGCAGCGGGUGUUGAACGGACAGUGGAUGGGAACUCGCUACAUCGAGGUCUUCCUGAACGACGAGGAUGCGGAACCGCAGAAUGCGCUUGCGGCCGCCACGGCUGCAGCCACGGCGCGUGCCAAGCUGGAGCAGGGAAAUGCGCCCAGCAAUGCUUCCGUGCCGCCGCUGUCCUUGGCGACGAACUUGGCGCCGCCAUCGCAGGCGGCCUUGCAGCCGCCGAGCUUCCCGCAAGGCCUCUGGCCUCAAUUCUGGGCCCAAGGCCAGAUGCCGGCGUCGGAUGAGCCGAAUGCCGCCUGGCAGGCCUUGUUCAACUUCAACGACGGGCAGCGAACCGGCUUUCCCGUACCAGGAGCCCCUCCGCAACGCCAUGGGGACAGUGCAACAACUUCCGCGGCUGUGUGA